CGCAUGCGCGCAGCAGGCAAGGCGCCGCGCGGAACCGGGAACCCUCGGAAGGCUAGAGCUGAGCGUCUGGAGGCGCCGGCUGCUGGGAACACUUCCGGCCUCUAGGUGCGAAGCUUGCCGCAACUGACUCUCGACUUUUUCCUUUCUAGCAGUGGAGGGGGCUCGGGUCGCAGAUAUUGAGGAUUUUCCAGUGUUGCCUCCUGUCCAGGGCCCUCAUCUCCUGUGCCUGGCAUUCCCUCCACCUCGGGCCCUUCCUCGCACUUGAGAAUCCCACCUUGCCAAUGGACCUGAUUGGUUUUGGUUACGCAGCCCUUCUGACAUUUGGAAGCAUUUUGGGAUAUAAGCGGAGAGGUAGUGUUCCAUCUUUGAUUGCUGGUCUUUUCAUUGGAUUUUUGGCCUUUUAUGGAGCUUGCCGUGUCUCCAUUGACAAGCGAGAUGUGAAACUCUCUCUGUUUACAGCUUUCUUCCUGGCCACCAUAAUGGGUGUGAGAUAUAAGAGAUCCAAGAAGAUAAUGCCAGCUGGCCUGGUUGCAGGUUUAAGCCUUAUGAUGAUUCUGAGACUUGUCUUACUGCUGCUCUGAGGAUCUGGAGGAACUGAAACCUAACUUCAUGUCAUUUAGUUAUGUACUGUAACAGGUAGAGCAUACUCUUUGUAUUUAAAGGAUCAAUUUCAACAUGAAAUAUUAAAUGUUUUAUUUUAUGUUAGAAUUAAAAAAAGACUGCCACCUCUAAUAUAAACACUAGUUUGAGGGAUUUUUUUGAACUGUUUUCUAAUUGUCAGUACUGGUUUCACUAAAGGUAUUUAAUAAAUCAUGAUACACACUUUCAUUUGUUGGGUCUAGUUUUAUAAAUGUGGUAUUUUUUGACAAUUCCAAAUACUCAUGUCUAAACUACAACUUAUAAGAAGAUGGAAUGCCCUAAGUGGACUUCACAGAAUGCUAAUUUAUCUAUUUGUCAUUUGUGUUAUAGUAGAAAUUGUAUUUUUUCCAUUUUAAUUGUAUUGCUACCAGUAUGAUUUUUUUCCUUUAGAAAAACUCCAUUCUCAGCACACUCUGUGUACUAACAGAAAGUAUUCAGUGUUCAAAUAAAAGACAUUCUGUUUUAAACCUC